UCCAUCUUAUCCGCCCCUCAAUUCUCACCCUGAUCAUGGCGGCCUACUCUUCAACGCUCGUUCUCGUAACAGUACUGAUCAUAGCAUGGACAGUGACCACGACGGCGACAGCAGGAGUACCGCCCUUGAACUCCGGUUCGACACGGGCAGCUCGCUUGCAGUUGGACAACGACUACAGCCAGUCCAACUGCUGGGGCUCCUUGUUCGAGCUCCAAUCGUGCAUGGGCGAGGUCGUCCUGUUCUUCCUCAACGGGGAGAUCUAUCUGGGCCCCAGCUGCUGCCGUGCCAUCAGGGUCGUAGAGCACGAGUGCUGGCCUGCCAUGCUUGCCUCCCUCGGCUUCACUGAACAAGAAGGCGAUAUUCUCCGUGGCUACUGUGAUUCUUCUGGUGCCGCAACACCCCCACAGCUACAGCCACCAAUAUCAAGCGAUCAGGGUGCCACGGCGGCGGCGACCAUUUCUAGGAAAUUAGUUCCCUAGUUCCAUUACCUUAAUUAGUAAUUAGCUUGAUACGCUCGAUAAAAUAAAAGAAAUAACGAGCUACGUACAAGGUUUGGGCAUCAUUGUUAAUUCAGAAAUGAUUUGUGCAGCCGAGAAAUGCAGUCGGCGUGCAGUCGACUGUAAAAAAAAAUUAA